AUGUCUGACAUGGAAAAUGAGAUAAGACAACUACUUCUUGACAUUGAUGCUGAAGACGAUGAUGAGCAUGUAGAAUUUUCUGAUGAUAACAUGGAAAUCGAUUCAGAAGAAGAUGAUGAAAUGUCUGCCAGUAAUUGUGAAGAAGAAGAGAUCUCAGAAACACGGCAUCACGAAGGGGUUCUGUUGGGAAAAAAAGGUUUUCGGUGGACAGUACAACCACCUUCAUCCAGUGGCAGAACGGCUUCUCGGAACAUUGUCCUAAAAGUUCCCGGCUGUAAGGAUGCUGCAAAAUUUGUGAAAUCCGAGGUUGAAGCUUGGGACCUCCUUUUUGAUUCCACGAUAUUAGAAACUAUUGUUUUCAACACAAAUAUUGAGAUUGGCGUUCAAAGACAAAAUUCUGCGUCAACAUCCUCCUCCACUUCUACGGCAGCUUCAACUUCAAAAUACAACGGUGACACAAACAUUGAUGAAAUUCGGGCACUUAUAGGUCUACUUUAUAUUGCUGGAGUUCAAAAGCAAUCUCGGAGAGCCAUAAAAUAUAUGUGGUCAAUCAAUUGUUCCCCUAUUUUUCAAGCGAUUAUGGGACAGAAAAGAUUUGAGUUCCUCACUAACUGCAUAAGGUUUGACGAUCGCGAGACCAGAGAUCGAGCAGACAAACUAUCACCAAUAAGACUAAUAUGGGAAAAAUUUUGUUUUAACUCUACAAAAUACUAUACGCCCCAUGAAUACUGCACAAUCGACGAACAGCUGUUAGGAUUCCGAGGGAAUUGUACUUUUCGAAUUUACAUUCCAUCUAAACCAGAUAAGUAUGGUAUAAAAAUAAUAACGAUGUGCGAUUCACGCACUUAUUACAUGGUCUCGGCAAUUCCCUAUAUUGGAAAAGAAAUAAGAAUUUCGAAUGAUCCUAUACCACUCCAAAUUGUUAAAAAAAUAACCGAGAGUAUCCAUGGGGCUGGUAGAAACCUAACAAUGGAUAAUUGGUUUACAUCAAUACAAUUGGUUGAAGAAAUGCUUUCUAGACAUAAACUCACUGUUGUAGGAACGCUACGCAAAAACAAGGCUGAGAUUCCACCAUUAUUUUUGCCUAAUAGGAAAAAAGAAAUCCUUUCAUCCCAGUUUGCGUUCAAGGAUAAAAUGACUUUGGUGGCGUUUACUCCAAAAAAAGGAAAAGGAGUGGUGCUUAUCUCUUCAUUACAUAAGGGAAAGACAGUUGAUCCACAAUCGAAAAAACCGGAAAUUAUAAAUUUCUAUAACAGCACUAAAGGAGGUGUUCAUACUUUUGAUCAACUUGUGCACACUUAUAGUUUAGCACGAAAAAACACGGAGAUGGCCGCUCAGAUAUUUUUUUGGCAUGCUUGA